AGGGAAAAACCAAGCAUGGCUGAAUUGGUAGGAGGAGCAAUUCUUUCCGCUUUCCUUCCGGUUUUGUUUGAGCGGCUGGCUUCCCCUGAAUUUCGGAAAUUCUUCGACGGCCAAAUUCUCCAAGGCGAACUCGAGAAAUUGAACAUAACGUUGAAUUCUGUUAAUGGACUGCUCACUGAUGCAGAGGAUAAGCAGAUCACUAAGCCUAAUGUGAAAAAUUGGCUCGACCACCUCAGAGAAGCUAUCUACGAAGCAGAUGACUUGCUGGAUGAGAUAGAGUAUAAAGCACUUAAAUCGAAGUUGAAAGCUACUUCUUGGAUGGAGAAGGCGACGGGAUUUAUCUCCAAAUACCAGAUCAGACAAAGGUUGGAAGCCAUCCUUAAAAGACUUCAACAUUUGUUAGACCAAAAGGACACACUAGGUCUUGCAGAAAAACUGUCUUUGCCGCCGAAAACACCAACUACUUCUCUGCGAAAUGAUGAUGAUGAUUCCGAAAUUGAUAGUAGAGUUAGGGACAAGGAUGCCAUCAUAGAAUCUCUACUAUCUGAUUCUGAUUCCUUGGUUGUGAUGCCCAUCUGGGGUAUGGGUGGGAUCGGUAAAACUACUCUGGCUCAACUCGUCUACAAUGAUACAAGAAUAGAAGCUCAAUUUCAACACAGACCAUGGAUCUUUGUAUCAGAAGUAUUCGACGUUACCAGGGUAACGAAAGAUAUUCUCAGGGUGGUCAAUCCAGAGUCUUCAAACUAUGAUAAUUUGGAUCUGCUCCAACGACAACUGCUGAAGGAAUUUUCCUCGAUGGAGAGAAAACUUUUGAUUGUUUUGGAUGAUUUUUUGAGCGAUAAUACUCGUGAUUGGUACGAUUUCCUAAAACCUUUCUUACAGGUUGGGGCAAGAAAAGGAAUGAUUAAGAUCGUUGUUACAACCCGCCAUGAAAGCGUGGCAAGCCUCACCCUCACAGGGCCUGUUGAAGUUCGUCAUUUGAACGAAUUAACAGAUAGGGAAUGCUGGUACUUGCUUGAAAAGCAUGCAUUUGUCAAAGAUGAUUCCAAUGCUUAUCCUCAGUUGAAAGCGCUUGGUGAGAAAAUUGCAAAAAAUUGUCGUGGUCUACCCUUAGCAGCAAAAACCAUCGGACGACUGUUAAGUGCAGAAAGAGAUGUUCAGAAGUGGAAGCAAAUAUCGAGCAGCGAUAUAUGGGAUCUAAAGAAUGAAGACAUUAAUUCAGCGCUAAGAUUGAGCUACCAUUAUCUCUCAUCGCUUUCAAAAAGGUGUUUUGCUUAUUGUGCUCUAUUUCCCAAAGGAUAUGAAUUUGGCAAGGAAGAAGUAGUUCUUCUAUGGAUGGCAGAGGGCUUCUUUGUCCAAGCCCAAGGAAAUAACUCAAAGAAGGAGAUGGAAGAAAUAGGUAACGACCAUUUCAAUGAUCUUGUGACAAGAUCUUUUUUCCAACGAUCUAAAGGCAGUAAAUCACACUUUGUUAUGCAUGAUCUCUUCAACGACCUAGCUAAAUUUGUUUCUGGAGAAUUUUGCUCUCGAUUGGAGGGCAACAACUCGAGCAACAUUGUUAAGAGGACCCGUCAUGUCUCGUAUGCAGAUGUGGAUCUUGAUUCACUCCAGAAAUUUUCAGGCGCUUGUAAAGACAAUGUUUUGCGUACUUUCAUAUCAUUGAAGCCGUUGGAGAGGCGGUCGACUCUCAAGAGGCGGUCGACUCUCAAGACUGAUGAGGUAAUACAUGGUUUAUUGCAGACACUCGGUCGUCCCCUACGGGUACUAUCUUUAUCUCAAUAUCAAAUGGUUGAUUUGAGUGAUUCAAUUAGCAAAUUUAAGCUACUACGAUAUCUGAAUCUCUCUGGAGCAUCAUUCAAAAGCUUCUCAACACCUACCAAACUUUAUUUCUUGCAAAUUUUGAUCUUGCGUGAGUGUCCAAACCUAGUUGCGUUGCCGAGUAACAUGUCAAAAUUAAUCAAAUUAUGUCAUCUUGACAUUAGAGGAACUAAACUGCUAGAGAUGCCACCACAAAUGGGUGAACUCAAAAAGCUCCGGAAGUUGACUGAUUUCUUUCUAGGAGAACAGAGCGGGUCUAGCAUCAAGGAAUUGGGGAAGCUUCAAGAACUUCAGGGAGAGCUUUGUAUCUGGAAUCUCCAGCACGUUGAGAAGGCCAAAGAUGCUGCAGAAGCCAACUUGUGCGGUAAGGAGAAACUUGUGAAAUUGGAGUUGAGAUGGGACAGGGACAUCCGAGCUAGCAUUGAUCCGACGCAUGAAAAAAGUGUGCUAGAGUCGUUAGAACCCCAUAAAGGGUUGGACUAUCUUUCAAUUUAUGAUUAUGGAGGUACCAGAUUUCCAGAUUGGGUAGGACACUCUUCUUUUUCUUGUAUGGUGUCGCUGGAGUUGACUGGAUGUGGAAACUGCUCUUCUUUGCCACCACUUGGGCAGCUACCAUCUCUAGAAUACCUUACUAUCGGAUUCUUCUAUAAAGUUGAGGUUGUUGGUCGUGAGUUCUAUGGAAGUUGCACAUCCAUGAAGAAGCCAUUUGGAUCGUUGAAAGUUCUGAGAUUUUCAUAUAUGAGAGGAUGGCGUGAGUGGAUUUCAUGUGAAGGAGCCUUUCCUGUCCUUCAAGAGCUUCACGUAAGGAGAAGUAACAACCUAGAGAGGGUUGCCCUGCCUGGUCAUCUUCCUUGUUUAACAACACUAGAUGUUGGUGGUUGUCAGCAGUUUGCAGCUGCACUUCAAAGGGCUCCAGCUAUACUUAGAGUGAUUACUGCAGAUGUGCAAUUGAAGAAACUGCCUUCUGGGUUGUACAGCCUCAUAAGUUAUAGAUUCGAGUUUGCAAUGGAGAUAAUGGAAAGAAUUGGUCUUCUUCCUAAUGCUUUAGAAGAAAUUGUAAUCUAUGACUCUUAUUCACUUGGGAGCUUUCCACUAAAGUUGUUUAGUGAGGUCAAGACUCUUAAAGUAGGAAGAUGUGGAAAUCUGGAUGAUUUUUUUACACCUGAGGCAAAUGUGAAUUUUACAUCUCUUGAUUCCUUGGAAAUUGCGGAAUGCCGUUACUUUGUAUCUUUUCCUGAAGGAGGAUUGCCCGCCUCAAAUUUGACAAGACUUUCAUUAUAUGAUUGCUCGAGUUUGAAGUCACUACCUCAGAAUAUGCGCUCUCUUCUCUCUUCCCUUGUUGAUUUGAGUAUAAUGCGUUGUCCAGCGCUAGAGUCGUUUCCUAAGGAUGGGCUACCCUCCUCCCUUUCUUCUCUAAGUAUCGGUUAUUGUCCACAACUCGAGCCAUUUCCAAAAGGAUGUUUGCCUGAAAAAUUAGAAUCGCUGGAUGUUGGCCAUGAUUGCAACAAACUGAUCGCAGGCCACAUGCAGUGGGAUCUGCAAACCCUCCCCUCUCUUGUGAAAAUUGCUAUUGAAAGCUGUGACGAUGUGGAAGCUUUUCCAGGGGAGAUGCUGCUGCCAUCUACUCUUAUCUCUCUUGUAAUUAAUGGUUUUCAAAACCUGGAAUCUGUCGACUUCAAGGGACUUCAAGACCUCAAAAAUUUGACAGUAGUCAAUUGUCCAAAGCUUGAGUUGUUUCUGGGAGGGGUUUUGCCAUCUCAAUUAGAAUCACUUCGCAUUUAUCAGUGCAGCAAACUCAUUGCUCACCUCAUGCAUUGGGAUUUGCGAGCAGUGUCCUCUCUUUUGGAGCUUACCAUUGAUGGGUACGAUGGCGUUGACAUGGUCUCCUUUCCUGGGAAGAUGCUGCUGCCAUCCACUCUUACCUCACUUAAACUCGUCAGUCUUGAGAAUCUGAAGUUUCUGGACAAGGGGCUUCUGCACCUCACCUCUCUUAAAAAAUUGAGGAUAGCUCAAUGCUAUAAUCUUCAAUCCCUGCCUGAAGAAGGGCUGCCGUCGUCCAUUACUUCGCUAGAUAUCGUUGUUUGCCGUUUGUUGCAACCGAAGUGUGAAUUAGGUGGGGAAUAUUGGCCAUUGAUUUCUCAAAUCCCUCAAGUAAUGAUGGACUAGAUGAUCUCUGGUUUAUCAUUCAUCCAAACUCUUGAAGUAUUGGAGCAUCAAAUCUCCACAACAGUAGAUUCAAAAAUCUAGAGGCUUGUAAUUGAUUCCACUCUGAGCCCAAUUCCAGGUGAACUAUGAUGUUGUGUUUCGCAAUUGGAAAGUAUUUUUGGUGGACAAAAUCUAUGGUCAAAUGAUCAGUCCUUGGGAGAAGCGACAGCCAUAUUCGCGCAAUUGGGCUACUAAUGCAGGAUGCAAAAUCCUGGCAAUGACAUUAAUAUCUUUCCACUAGCUGUCUGCUGCAAUCGAGAAGGUAGUAUUGUGAUGCAUUUUAUUCUCUCCGAUUAUUCUCUCCCCAUUCCAUUGUAUUUGCUAACACAUGCAUAUUAUUUUUAUGAGAUCAGAAACAUUUUAAAGCAAA